CGGUCAACUCCCUCUAGGACUCCAUAAAUAUGAUAAUCUUGAAUUGGUGAUAAAAUACAGCAUAUCUGUCAAAAUAUUAAACUAGAAAAGCCCAAAGUUCAUUCAAGAACCUCAUACCAAACCACACAGCAAAGCAUUAAAGACCUGUUUAAAAAGAAGAGAAAGUUGAAAGAAACAACAAAAAGAAGGAAAAUGGAAGAUAUUACAGAGAAAAAAGAGAGAGGUCGAGGUGAUGAAGAGAGUAGCUUAACUAAAGUUUAUGAUAUUUCCAAGAAUCCAAUUUUUUACUUACAAGAAGCUAUUAGAGUUAUUCUCAACUGUCUUGGUUUUGAAUCUUCAAAACCUGAGUCGUCGUCUUCGUCGUCUUCUUCUUCUUCAAGUAUGUCAGAUCAAAAAGAAGAAAAAGAAGAAGAGAAUAUUAAUGAAGAGAGUGGUGAAAAAGAAAAUUGUGUUUUCCAAGAAGAAGAUGGUCCUGAAGUGAAGCAGGCUUCAACAAAUAUUAACAACGAAAACCCUAGUACUCCAUCAGCUAAUGAUCCACCUCAAUCCCAAACACUUAUAGAAGCAGCAACAAGGAGGGGAAGAACACCACCAAGACCUGGAGUUAGCAGAGGAAGUCCUCCUCAGAACAAUUAAUUUAAGUUAAAUCUCCUCUCAAAAUCUAUGACCCAUUUCAUACUUUGGUAAGACUGAGUUUGUUAUAUAUAUGGUCAAUUUUCAAGAUUAAGUUUUGCUGGCCUUUUAUCUUGGUUUGAUUUCCGUACAUGUUAAUUGUUUUAUGUUGUUUUAGGUCCUUUAUUUGUUUAUAUAUAUUGUAUGAUAUAAGGAUUUUAUAUAUGCAAGUUAAUUAGUACAUAAUCUACAAGUUAUUUGUUGAA